AUAUGGAAGACGACUCAUCCUCCCCGCUUUAAUGAAGACGAGCCGUAACUCCCAUAGCAGGAGCAGGCAGAGCAGCGGCGCGGCGCAGGUUCCCGCCGGAGCCCCGCGGCCCGCAGCAGGACGGGGCCGCCCUGGGCGGGAGGAGGCCGUGUUGUCAGGGCAACUGCCCGCGGCGGCGGGUCGGGUUCUCUCCUCCCGCGCUGAAUAUUUCAGCGGAGCUGGGAGAGGAGAGUGUUCCGGCGGGGAGCCCGGAGCCGAGGGCUGCGAUCUGGCUGGAGAAGGUUAAGGAGCGGCAUCCGAACCGGUGUGCCUUUAACUGGGGCUAUUGCUGAGGAGCCUCUCCGCGCCGAGUGGAUGCUGCGUCGGUCAGCUGUUUGCGUCCCGCUUACCCAUAGGGGAUCUGCUACCGGCGCUCAAAUGAGCAGGCGGCGUUGCAGCUAGCUGCUGAGCAGGGGCUGCCGGCGCUUAUCCUAUUUUUGUUUAUUUUUUAAUUUGUUUUGAAAUAAGAAAGAGGCAACAGCAGCAUGCCCGGUGCAACUACUGUCCUCCGUCAAGAGAGGUUGAAGAAGACAAGUGCCAGGCCCAACCCCCUGGGUUUGUUCACCAUCACCGAAGAGGAUGAGCAGCAAAAGAACGGGAAUUCCAAAAGACCGAGAGCAGCUGAAGGUUCUAAAAUACAAGAUAAGAAAGUCACUUCAGGACAAAGCAAUACCGGAACUAAACCAGACCAUCUGCCAAUACUGAAGGUUGAUGACAGGCAGCGGCUUGCUAGAGAAAGGAGAGAAGAACGAGAAAAACAACUAGCUGCAAGAGAAACUGUUUGGUUAGAAAGAGAAGAGAGGGCACGACAACAUUAUGAAAAACACCUAGAGGAGCGCAAAAAGAAGCUAGAAGAGCAACGAUUAAAGGAAGAGAGAAGGCGAGCUGCUGUAGAAGAAAAGCGAAGGCAGAGAAUAGAAGAAGAUAAGGAACGACAUGAAGCUGUUGUACGUCGCACAAUUGAAAGAAGCCAGAAGCCAAAACAAAAGCAAAACAGGUGGUCCUGGGGAGGAGCGCUACAUAGCCGCAUUAAUAACACAGAUCCAGACAGGCGGUCUGUUUCAACAAUGAACCUUUCGAAACAUGUUGAUCCAGUCAUUAACAAGCGGCUCUCCUCCUCAUCUGCAACAUUACUAAAUUCUUCAGACAGAGCUCGCCGUCUGCAGCUCAGUCCGUGGGAGAGCAGCAUCGUUAGCAGGCUCCUGACGCCCACGCACUCAUUCCUGGCCAGAAGUAAAAGCACAGCUGCAUUGUCUGGAGAUGCAGCGUCUUGCAGCCCCAUCAGCCCUCUGUCCUACAAGACCAUGAGCUGUAGGAAUUCAGCAGACCGAGCAAAACUUUUUGCAUCUACUGAUGCUGUUGGACGUAGAAGAACACAUCUUGCAGGGACUGACAAAAAAGAAAAGGAGAGAGACCAUUUGUCAUCCAACUUCUCAGCCAACAUGAAAGGAGGUCAUUUUUCUUCCAACCCCAAAGCUAGAUCACCAGCUCCCUCUCCAGUUUGGCAUGCAUCAAAGUCUUUGCCUUCUUUGGCUGGCACACUCAAGCAGAUAUCUUCCCCACCUGGUUCCUCCAAAGUUCCUUCUACUCAGGCACGUCCUCCUUCUCCUGGCAACAUCCGGCCUGUCAAAAAAGACGUCAAACCUGAGAAUGAAAAGAAAAGACCAGAAAAGGAUGCUGAAAAGGCCAAUGAGGAGAGGACAGAAGAGAGUAAAGAAACACCAUCAGGUGCUGGAGAAUCUGCAAAUCAGGAAGAGCUCACUGUCCAGGCAGAGGUUGCUCAAGCAGCCAGCCCAUCCCUACCUUCUGCUCCCCCAGCACUUUCUCCACCUCCAGCCCCCACAAAGACCUCUGCAGGUACAACAGAUCCUGAGGAAGCAACAAGGCUGCUGUCAGAGAAGAGGCGCCUCGCUCGUGAGCAGCGGGAACGAGAGGAGCAAGAAAGGAGGGAGAGAGAAGAGCUUGAAAGGCAAAAGAAGGAGGAGCUGUCCCAGAGGAUAGCUGAAGAAAGAGCUCGCCGAGAAGAAGAAGAAUCUCGCAGACAGGAAGCUGAAAGAAAACGAAAAGAUGCAGAGGAGGAGAGGGAAAAGGAAGAACGGCUGCGCCGACAGGCAGAAGAGAGAGAACAGAAGGAGAGAGAAGAGAUGGAGCGCAUUCAGAAACAAAAAGAAGAGGAAGCUCGCCUACGGGAAGAGGCAGAGCGGAUUCGAUUAGAACGUGAAAAGCAUUUCCAAAGAGAAGAGCAAGAGCGCUUGGAAAGGAAGAAGAGGCUUGAGGAGAUCAUGAAGAGAACUAGGCGUGUAGAAGCUGUAGAUAAGAAACCCAAUGACCAGCAAAAUGGACAUAUCUCAAAGGCAAAUAAUACUGGAGAAGCAGUCGUAACCAGUCCUGUAUCUCCCGUGGAACCUUCGGGAGGACCUCAGCUUCAGCAUGCAACACAAUCUCCACACAGCGGGAAACCCGUCACCUGCACACACACGAUUGUUUCACAUCAACCCCCCGUAAAUAUGGACAGCAAUCUCAACCCAGAGAAAAAUACAGAGGAAAAUGGAAUGUCCAUGCAGAACGAUAAUUUCGAAGAGAUCAUAAAUCUACCUAUUGGUUCUAAACCAUCCCGGCUGGAUGCCCUGAACAACGAUGGAAGCAACAGUCCCGGGAUUCCUCUGAAUCCAAUUUUAGCUUUUGAAGAUAAGGGGACUCUUUUGCCUCAGGUAGACAGUGUUCAAACACAUCAAACAGCAGAAAAUAGAAGAAGCAUCUUUCAAUAAAAUAUUUGCACGAGUGUGUUCUGAAUUAAGCAUUACUGCUCUUUGCUGAUGUGCCAUUUCUGAUGCCUUCUGUUGUAGAAGUGAUCUGAUUAUUUCUUCUGAAGAACCAAAGGUGACAUAAACGUCUCUGCAGUCAGUGGAGUUUCUUCCAUGCUAUGAAGGAGUGUUUUAUUUUUCUCUCCAGGUUUUUUAAAGAUUUCUUGAAUAGCUUUUUUUUGGAAGGACUUUAGUAAAACCAGCAGAAGAAAUGAUGGACAUAGACUUGGAUCACCUUUCUAAUAGUUUUCAUCACUAGAAAAAUCAUGCUUCACGUGCAUUACUUAAUAUGGCUUUUUCCAAGGAGCUUUUUCUGUUAGUAAAUGGAUAUUUCUGCAUUCCUGAAGACACAAGACACUGGAAUCUGAAAGCAAUGGGCUGAUUUGGGUGGUGGGACUGAUUCUUUUUUUUUUUUCAGGUGGGUGUUGGUUUAAAAGGCAUAAUUGUAAAAUUGGCAAAGAAUUUUUACACUUUGUGGUUCUAAUACUUGAAAAUUAAAUACCUCAUUGCUCUACAAGUAGAGUUAAUGAGGUGUUUUAUUUAAACCUGUUGGUUUAAAUAUUAUUGCAGAGAACUCUAAUUAUGGGGGCAGAGUAUAGGCUUCUGUAUCAGGUUCUUAUAAAUGUAAUUCCUACAGGGACAUUCUGUAAAUUGAGAUGUCACUAUGAUCUUCUCACAUUUUCUCUAAAAACACGAAAUGAGGCAGGUUUUAAAAUGUGAACAUUUGAAAGCGUUAUUUUUUCAUGGACAAGAGGAAAACCUAUUGUUCUUCUAGAUGAUGUAUUUAUGAAUUUUGUUCAGACAGAAAUAAAUUGUUUAAUCGAAUAAAUUAGAAAAAUGUAAUAAAAUGGUACUGCAAACUUGA